CACUGAGCGCCAAUGGGAAGGUGGAACUACAGGUAGGCGUCCUCUAACUGCGUCCCUCAGCUCAGUCUGCGCUCUGCGGAGAAACAAGUGGACCGAGCAGACCAUGCGUCCUCUGAGGAAUGAGACCCGCUCCAGGACUUCGCUUGUUGGUCUCUUCCAUAUCUGAGAGAGUUGUUUGAAGGCUAGACGAGCCCGUCUCCACUGCUUUGGCUGGCUUCCUUGGUCAACAAAUCGGAUAAACCCCACAUUUGUGUAUUGAUACCAGGAGCUGGAACAUCUCAUAUAAUGUUGAAGCUGCCAUAUUACCUUCACCACUGAACGUUUCUUUCCUGUUGGGGGGGGGGGAAGCCAGGACACACCGAGCAACAGCUGAUCUGAAGAGGUCAGGCCGACUCUGAACCCCCCCAACCGCCCCCCCCUUGCAGGAGGACAUGGAUGUCCUGCGAAGGUCUUCCGUGUUUGCUGCGGAGGUCCUGGACGUGUUUGACCGAUCCCUGACCGAGAAGGAGCUGGUGUCCCAGUCCAAGGCGCUGUGCAGAGAAUACAUCCUCUCCAGACUCAACCAGAAUGGACUCGGAUGGUCCAGGACUGAACUCAGUUUUUCUCCCUCCAGUGCGGCAAUCGCUGAGGUGUCCUUGGUGCUUCUCUGUCUUGGCGACGAGCUGGAGUGUAUACAGCCCGGUUUGUACAGGAACGUGGCACGGCAGCUCAACAUUUCUGUUGCCAUGGAGAACAUGGUUUCGGACGCCUUCAUCGGCGUGGCAACAGAGAUCUUCUCAGCAGGUAUAACGUGGGGUAAGGUGGUGUCCAUGUACGCGGUGGCCGGAGCUCUGGCGGUGGACUGCGUCCGACAGGGCUACCUGACCACGGUGCACGUCCUGGUGGACAGUCUGGGACAGUUUGUCCGCAAGUUCCUUGUUCCCUGGCUGAAGAGACGGGGAGGAUGGGCGGAGAUCACUAAAUGUGUGGUGAAGAAGGAGCUAACCCCUGAACACCACUGGCUCUCCUCCGCCGUGGAGUCUCUGAAAUACUUCCUCACCACGGUGUACGUCUACGUCAUGAAGGAGCUGUGAACGGCUGGGGCAGAGCGAGGUGGCGGAGUUGAAAUCUCAGACUUGUCGAUAAAAGCCGGAGUGGAGGUGGUCGCUGCGCUCCGCUGGGGAUCCGAGCCCGUCGGCGGAUUUCAAGUCUGUUGCUGAAUGGCCAUCAACAAGUGUUUCAUCAGCAGCGUGUUUGUGUCAUGUCGGCCUGUCGGUGAUUACCCUUCGUCCAAAGAGUGGUCACCUCGAUAUUUAAAGAGCAACGUUUGCAUCACUCCACCUCUUCUAUGUAUUCGAGCAGUGCAGUAAACCAGGCUUUCUCCAGCGUCGUGACUGUGACGUGACAUGGUGUCCAGUUUGAUUGUGCGCUGGGAGAAGCUGUUCAUGAACACUCUGAUGUUUUAAUGUCGCAGAUUAUUUACACUCGAAGGAGUGACGAGGCUGCGUUUGUGGUGAAUGUGAUGCUUGUGAGGUCCGAGUCUGAAACGGACCUGCUGUCAGAGGCAAAGGCAAAAUCAGGUGGUAUCAACUGUUUACACUUCAUCGGUUCAAUAUUUUGUACUUGACCAAAGCACGAAAGUGUCUCUUUCCAAAUAUGAUCCAAAAAUAACCUGCAGUUUUAGACACAGUUGAAUGAGAAACGCCGGGUCUCGUUGCGCCUGCUUCAGGUCGCAGAGCUUAAAGACGGACGAGUGGUACAUACUGAAUGUGCAUAUUGUUUUUAAUCUGUAAAUAGUUUAUUUAUGAUUUUAUUUUUUUAUUUCCACUUAGCAGUUGAGGCCAGUGCAGUAUAAAGGCAGCCACUCCAACGGCCCUUCAGGAUGAUCGUGAGUUGGGUGGGUGUCACUUCCAGUGUUAAUUUGUAAAAUAUGUGUGUGUCCAAAUGUGUUUUUUUUUAAAGCCACAAUAAACUUAACAAAACCUUCA